AUGCUUCAUCGAGUCAUUUGGGUGAAGCAUGGAUUGUUUCUCUUUAUGGAUGAUGGGCUGGAGUUCUUGCCCACUGUUGCGGGGCCACUCCUGGCGCUUUAUUCUCUAAUGUUUGUAUGCGGUGUUGGUGUGCCUUUGAGCUGGGGCAAGCUGCGCAUUGGUCAGUGCCUGGUUUGGAUUGGUUGGAAGUUCCACGCGGAUACCUGCCAAGCUAGUUUGCCAGCAGACAAGGUGGAAAAGGCUCUUGAGGCCCUGCGUCCUUUGCUUCACAAGGGCAGCAAGGUGCAACGCCGCGGCAGGCGGCUACUUUGUUUUACAACGCCAUCUCUGUGUACAUUUAUUCCGCUCCAAUUUGCUCCUCAUUCAUCGGGCUUAGCUGCAGCCGAUGCUUGGGCAGAUGCGGAGCAUGCUGGCCUGGGAGGAUGGUGGUUGCCGUAUGGCGCUCCAGUGGACGCGGCGGAGAUUUGUUGGUUCAGCGUUCAGCUGACCAGGAAGUCACUGCCUUCCUGGUUUCGCGCGGAUGGCAAUUCUUCGCUUCAAGCCUGUGUUGCGGCCUUGGAAGCGCUUGCGCAGUUGAUUCUUCUUGCGCUGCGUCGUAGGCAGGCUCAAUUGGUGUAUUCUACAGUCACGGUGCAGUUUCGUCAGCUCUGUGACAAUGCUGGGGUUACUGCUGCCUCGGUAAAGUCCAUGAGUCAAAAGGAGCCUUUGUCUUUUGUUCUUCAGGCGCUGGGAUAUUAUUGCUGCAGGUGGAAUCUUACACUUCAUUGCUCGCAUGUUGCUGGUGAGCGAAAUGUCUGGGCGGAUCGCCUCAGCCGGGACGAGAUACCAGUUGGUGUGGAUCUGCGCAAGCGUUGCUUCGUGGACAUUAUGGAAAUACUGUAA